GUUUUGGGCAUGAAGCUUCUGCUGUCGUCCACAUCAAGCUGUUGGUGUCAGUGACCACUGCCGAGGCAUUCAUCUCGCCUGCCACCCCCAUAUCUUCACCAUAGGUAAGGCUUCACGUCUGUGAGGGAUACACGCAGCGCGGUGGUAGCUAGAUGUGUGUGGAUGGGAUGCCUCACCUGUCUGUGUGUCUGUGUGUGGUUGCCGUGAUGCCAGGUGCGAAUCAGUCGAGAUCGACGAGGUGAGAUGCGAGCGGAUCUGUGCCAGACACGCGCUGCCGUCGCCAAAUGCAUGUGCUGUGAUGUGUGUUGUGUGACAGGCCUCGCGGGCCGUCCUCGUCGACGAGAAAGAGCGCCAAGACGCACGUCAACAACAUUAACCCACACGCGCCGCAGGUAGGUACCUGGGGUGGGUAGUCACACACACACGUGCACUGACAGGUGUGUGUGUAUGGAUGGUCUGGGUAUCUCUGUGUGGGUGUGGCUGUGUAUGGUCAGCACCAGUACGCCCCUUCUAUGGGCUGUGCGUCCACCAAGGCGAGCACGAAGGACACGGUCGCCACAGCAUCGCAGGACAACAGCCCCGUCAGAAUGCAAAUGGACACUGAGGUGACCUAAUCGGACACACACACGCACCCACCGGACAAUAUGCACAUCUCUGUGUGUGUGUGUGUGUGUGUGUGUGUUGUGUCUGCAGCAGGCCGAGAGUCAGCCCAAGGGUAAGGGCCAGAAGCCCCAUAUUUCAAUCGAGGACGUGGUACGAACCAACCAGCCCUGGCGUGUGCGUGUGCGUCAUGCACGUGUGUGUGUGUGUGUGUGUGUAUGUUGGUUUAGGCUGACCCUGCCGAGAGUGACGGCAGCAGCAAGGGCAACGCCACCCGCGCCAUGAGCAUGAGCACAUCCGCCAGCACGCCGGCCAGCAGACGAUUCACCGACCAAAUCAGCCGAUCCAACUACCUGCACAGGUACGUAUGGACCUACCUGUAUGUAUUUCACGCACAUCAAUCACAUGUAUCUCGCCGGCAUCUGUCUGUCUGUCUGUCUGCCUGUGUGUGUGGAUGACACGUGACUGACGUGCAUCACAUCAGCCGCAUCCGUCGUCACGAGGACGUCUUGUCGCACUACAAAGUCGAGGGCGAAACUGUCCUGGGCACGGGUAGGGUACGCACAUGCAUCCUUGACUGACAUGCCUGGCGUGGGUGGCUGCCUGGCCUGCAGGUAUCAGUGGCGCCGUGCGGGUGGCCACGCACAGGGAGAGCGGGCGGAAGUAAGCAGAGCAGACAGACAGACAGGGACACUUUCAGUCACCAACCACACCAUGCACGCACAUUCCGUGGAUGUUAAUGCUCGUCCACCACGCCAUCUGUGUGUCUGUCUGUCUGUGUUGUCUGUGUUGUCUGUGUGUCUGUCUGAUUGGCACAUCACAUAACACACAGGUAUGCGUUGAAGUCUCUGUCGACUGAGAACGUCAGUCCGAAGAAGGCCGCCAUGCUCUUCAACGAGGUCUCCAUCUACCUGCAGGUCAGUCAGCACACCAACACACCAGCACAAAAAAGCCCUCGCUCAUGGGACUGUGUGUGUGUGUGUGUAUGUGUAUAUGCCUGUGUGUCCUCUCCCUACUUACAUGCAGCUGGAUCACCCCAACAUCGCCAAGCUGAUUGAGGUCUACGAGGACGACAACGCCGUGCACCUCAUCAUGGAACUCUGCACAGGUGGGGUGGGUCGGUCGGUGGGCGAGCAUUACGGACUUUUCUGCACUGCAUGUGUGUGUGUGCAGGCAAGGAGCUCUACGACCGGCUGGCGACUCGCCGUAAGUACAGCGAACGGGACGCAGCCAACGUCACACGACAGGUGGGGUGGGGAUGGAUCCACACAGGCACACGCACUUACGGAGUCUCCACAUGUGUGUGUGUGUGUGUGUAUGUGUGUGUGUGUGUGUGUGUGCAGAUGUUGAAGGCCAUCAACUACUGCCACAAGCACAAGAUCUGCCACAGGGACCUCAAGCUGGAGAAUUGGGUCUACGCCAACACCUCACCGGACGCCGCGCUCAAGCUCAUCGACUUCGGAUUCAGCAGGAUAUUCAACCCUGGUACACACACACACUCACACACACACACACACACGUGGAUGCAUCAAUCGCAUCAAUCAGUGGUGGGUGGUGUGUGUGUGUGUGCGUGCGUGGUUGAAGGCGUCCCCAUGACGGCCAUGCACGGCACUGUCUACUACGUCAGGUACGUACGUCUGUCUGUGCCAUCCAUCCAUGCCAUGGAUGCUUCAGUUGACCCAUCCGCCCACCCAUGGAUGUGUGUGUGUUUGCUGCCCUCAGUCCUGAGGUGAUGGAUGGUGCCUACAACGAGGUCUGCGACAUCUGGAGCGUCGGCGUCAUCGUCUACAUGCUGCUGAGCGGAUCGCCCCCUUUCAACGGCAGCCACGACCACGAGAUCCUCGCCAAGAUCCGCAGGGGUGAGUGACUGAGUGAGUGAGUGGCCAGUCAGAUGCACACACAUAUGUCGGUCGCAUGUGUGUGGUGUGUGUAUGGGUGUGCUGUGCGUGUGUGUAGGUGUGUUUCACUUCAACGGUCCCCGCUGGGAGGGCAUCAGUGACGACGCCAAAGACUUCAUCCGAUUCCUGCUCAGGUAGGUGGGCUACAGACAGACAGACAGACAGACACCCCGAUGGCACGCGUGUGUGUCGGGUGCGUUACAGGCGCCGUGCCUCUGAGCGUCCCACUGCCGAGCAGGCCCUCCAGCACCCAUGGUACGAAGCAUGCCAUGGCCCAGCCACGUAUUUUUUUUAUGCCUCUCUGUCUGUCUGUCUGUCUAUCUGUCCGUCCGCAUUGCUGCGUGCAGGAUCACCCAGGUGCGUGCGCCUUACGAGGAUGUGGCCAUCGACGUGGCGGUGCUCCAAAACAUGAGGAAGUAACCUGACCAUACCAUGCACACACACACACAUACACACACCGCACGAGGAAGCAAAAGAGUCUAUCCCUGUCUGUCUGUCUGUGUGUCUUGCUAGGUUCUCGCUGGCCAACCACAUGAAGCGAUCUGCCCUCGGUAAGCUAAGCGUGUCAAUCAAUGCACAUCCACCACACACACACCCAGCUGUCUGUGUGCUGUGUGCGUCUGCGUGUCUGUCCUUGUGCAGCCCUGGUCGCUCUCUCGAUGAACAGCGCUGAAGUCGAUGACCUCGAAAAGGUACACACACACACACAUACACACGCACAUCCCUGCCCUGCAGGCUGGUGAGUGCAGUGCAUCCAUGCCAUGCAGUCAGUGCACUUGUUUGUGUGCAUCCCUCUCUCUGUUUGUUUGUCUCUGCGCUCGGUGCGUGUGAAGAUUUUCAAGAAGCUCGACAAGGACGGCAACGGGACCAUCACGCUCAACGAGCUGCAGGACGUCCUCAUGCACCGACUGGCCAUCCCGGAGGCUGAGGCGCAGAGGAUAUUCCAGGCAAUGGACCAGAGCGGCGAUCACGAGCUGCACUACUGCGGUACGUACACACGAGAGGGCAGCUCAACUGAGCUGCAGUUUCUCGAGUGUCCGCACCUCUCUCUCUCUGUGUGUGUGUAGAGUUUUUGGCAGCGACGCUUCAGGCCAAGUUUGUGCUGCAGGAGCAUGUCAUUCGAGAGGCCUUCCAGAAGUGAGUACUGUCAUGGUCUGGUCGUGUCCUCUAGAUGGAUGGAUGGAUUGAUGGAUGGAUGGAUGUGUGUGUGUGUAGGUUCGACGUCGACCACACGGGGUACAUCUCGGUGGACAACCUGCGGACCGUCCUCGGCGAGACGUAAGACAGACAGCCACACGCAGUCACACGCAGGCACAGACUCCGACUGGCUUGCUCGUGUGCGUGUGUGCAUGUGUGUUUAUGCAUACAGGUACAAUGGCACCAAGAUUGAGGAGAUCAUCAAGGGGUGUGACUUCAGGGGUACCGGGGUCAUCGAAUACGACGAGGUAAAGCAGACACACACACUCUCUUAAGGGACGCACAUGGCAUACGUAUGCGUCCCUGUCUGUCUGUGUGUGUGUAUGGUCAUCAGUUCCUGACCGCCCUGACGAGCGACGACGUCUUGACGUUCAACUUGGACCUCGACAAUGAGGACGGCGCCAACCAGGACAAUCCUGACGGAUUCGCUGUCAUCAAACAGGCACGUCAAACGGACAGACACACCACAUACAUAUUCUAUCUAUUCCACACGUUGAUCCGUGUGUGGGCUGGCACCUGGUUACUGCCUGCAGAUGUCCCGCAAUGUGUUUGAUUUGGGCGACAGCUUCAAGCCGUCUCCUCCUCGCGGGGGGCUACACAGCGACCUGGGCGAGAUACAGGAGGACGCCACACCCAUGCAGGAGUGAUGGAGUGAGUGAGUCAUCGAGGGAUCGAUAGCGGGAUUGGGUGGGUGGGUGUGUUGGCCGGACCAGCCGCAAGCCACAUGAUUUCUUUAUCUAUCUGGAUGAAUGCUCCACCCCACCCGCCUCGACGCAGUGUGCGUGUGCAUGUGUAUGUGUGUGUGUGUAAACAUACAUACACACAUAUAUAUACAUACAUCUCCCUGUGUCUCUUUAUCCACCCACCCCAGCACACCUGCCUGCCUGUCUGCCUGUCUGUCUGUGUUGCUUUUUUUAUCCACUCUCGUCAGUCUGUGUGUCUGUCUGUCUGUCUGACUGACUAACUGACUGACUAGACGGACGAGUAGCCAGCCGCACGAGUGACUAACGCGCCACCCGGCCCACCACCUGUCUGUCUGUCUGUCUGUCCGUGUCUGCGAAUGUACGUGUAUGUAUUUGUGCGCUUCUCUAUCGGUCCCUGGGUGGGUGGGUGGGUGGGUGGCUGUCUGAUGGGAGUUUUGUUGGCGCUGUGUGUGUCUCUGUGUCUGUGUGUUGUCUGCCUUGUGAGUGUGUGUUGCGCAUGACGUGCAUCCCCGGGGGGCUUUGGUCUGUUCGUCGUCUGUUGACCUCCUCAACGGAAAGAUUGUGCUCACGCCUUUGUGCGAGUGCGGUCACGAUCCUUCGGCGGCUGGGUGGCUCAGACAGACGACGGCCAGCGAGGGAGGAAGCAGCCUCUGCCUGUCCCGAUGGCUGGCUGGAUGCAUGGAUGGAUGGAUGAGUAUGCAAUCCAGAGUGUGUGUGGGUGCAGAGGUGUGUAGGUCCUUCCGUACGCACGAUUGGACGCAGGCAAGUGCGCCUUGUGCCGUGCUGUGCUGUGUUGUGUUGUGUGUGUGCGCCCCUUUUUGGCGACGCACACGACACAACAGACCAUCCUAUCUCAUCCCAUCUCAUCUCAUCUCAUCCAGCUCGCAUAUACUGCAGUACUGCAGACGUUCACGUUGUCAGAGGAGGAUUUUCUUUGUCUGUCUGUCUACGGCCUGUCUGAGUGUCUGUGUGUGUGUGAGUGUGUGUCGCUUUCUUCCUUUUUGCCGCGUGUAGCUAGAUGUAAUGUACAUCAAUCACGCCUGUGUGUGUGUGCGCGUCCCACUAUUGCCUCUCCGUUUUUGUCGCAUUCGUGCUUAUACAUACCCACGCACAACACCGCACCCGUCAGUCGGUCUCCGUCCCGUUCUGUGUCGUCUCUGCGUACCUGCCUAGACACGACACGCCUAUCAAACGAUACUUAUGUGUCUGUCUGUCUGUUUGUCUGUCUGUCUGUCCAUGUGGCGUGUCGUGUGUGUCUCUCUCUCUCUCUCUCGCCCUGCCUGGGACAUAUAUUUUUGUGUCACACCGGCCGGUAGGCAAAGAAUGAGUGGCGCGUGGCGUCGAGUCGAUCUGGCGCGUGUGUGUGGGCAAUGCACUGCAUUGACGUGUGUGUCUCUCUGUCUGCUGUGUGCGAGGUGAGUGAGGAAGUGGACUGACUGGUUUGAUGUGACUGAUGUCAUGAGAGUCGAGUGGCCGCCCUUUUUUCAGGCCACCCACCGAGAGAGACACGGAGAGAGGGACUGACUUGACCGAAUCGAUGCUGACCCAAUCAUCGGCUCAUGGUGGUUGAAAG